AUGGACAAUAAAUUCACCACCAAUGCUGAAGCAGCUCCUUCCGUGAUGGACACGAAACAUAAGGAAGACAUGACGACUGAGAAGAAAAUAUCUGAUGCGAUGGAGAUAAUGGAAGGAUUGGGUGUUCGUCUUCAUAAGAUCGAAGGAAAAGUGGAUCGGAUCGAAGAAAAGAUGGAUCUGUUGAUCUCAUUGAUUAUGUCAAACAAUGAUGAUAAACUUGUCUCUGUAAAGGCCGAGGCGGAGAGCAUGCCUAUGGAUGAAUCAUACUCUGACGAGGAACCUGCUAAGAUUUUCUCCGAUGAAAAGAAGAUCGGGGACUUCCCAUCUAAUCCUAUUUUCAGUCGUCCUGGUACCAGUGCUGGUAUUUUUGUCGAUGAAAAGAAGAUCGGGGACUACCCAUCUAAUCCUAUUUUCAAUCAUCCUGGUGGUGGUCUUUUUGUCGGUGGUCGUUUUUCCGGUGGUCGUUGCGGCGGUCAAGGCCUCUGUACCUUCUGUUGA